AUGUGUCAACCCACAGAAAACUCUCUUAUCCCAUCAAACCCUAUAAAUCACUCCACUGCUGAUGACACCGGAAUUCAAGAUUCCCAUUUUAAUACUCUACUCAUGGCAACUUCAACAGCGUCGUGGCCGUCGUCGUCUACGAUCCCAUGGCAAGCUCUUGAUCUGGUUGCAAACUAUCUAGACCCCGAAAACCUAGCCAUCGCCUCCUGUGUUUCUAAAUCAUGGUGCUCCGCCAUGUCCUCCGACCACCUCUGGGAAGACCCAUGCAACACCCAGUUCCCUUCUCUCUCCCACCUCCGUUUCACCGUCGCUCCAUCUCUCCCCUACCAUCGUCUCUUUUCCCUUGGUCUCACCUCCGCCAAACGCCGCCACAAGCCACCGUCAAAACCCCGAAUCUCUCUACAAAACCUCCUUUUCAUCAUAACAGUAAACAACUCAAAGUCACCGCCGGUCACCUUAAUUAAACCCGGCACCGCACUGCCACUGGACCAAAAAGCCUUAUUCCGUUUCGAUUUUGAUGUUCGUGAUCACGAGAAGUGGCUGCAGUUUGAGGUGUUGGAGGAUACGAAGGUGACAUGGAAUGUGGUAUUGAGAGGGUUUGAAGGCGUUUUCACGAUGAUGGAUUGUAAAUGUAAAGGGAGCUUUGUGUCCGGUACGGAUGGGUGGUUCUCGACAGAGCUGCCAGCACCAGGGUGUUGCUGUGCAUCAAGCUGCGGUGGUACGAGUGGGAUGGUAGCGGAUAUGAGGUUGGUUACAAGGGAAGAGGGUCGAAAGAAGGUUGUGGAGAGGGUGUGUGUGGGGGUGUUGAGUAUCGUAAGCUGGAGAUAUGUUGGGGUUGAUGAUGGGCUUAGGUAUUUGCAGCAUUUUCUUGAACCUUGUGACGUGUGA